AUCUGUCGAUAACAGCAGAAGUGUUGAUGUUUACGCGUUGCAAGUGAAUGCGUUAUCCGAAAUAUGUGACAUGAACGUCAACUAUAAAUUAAACUAAUAGUAUGUUUACCACGAUGCGCCUUUUAUCAAGAUAGCAGUACAAAGUGUAGCAUUUUUGUAGCAAUAAAAUGUUAGAGAUAGAGCAGGAUCCAAAUCUCAAAGCAAGCAUUGACACAGAUGCCAUACUUAAGGAACAUCAUGACACUGUGGAGGACCUUAAGCGGGACUUAAAGUUGUGCAAGGUGGAACAAAAUAAUAUAAGGAAUGAAUUGGAAAUUCUACGAAAUGAAAGUCAAAAAGUUCACGAUAUAAAAGAGUCCUUGAACCGUAUUCAUUCGGAAGAAUGCGGUAGCCAAGACUCUCAUAAAAAGGAAUUAGCAAAUUUGCAGGAGCGCCUUGUAUUACUAGAGACUGAAAAGGAUUCAGCGUUGCAGCUAUGGCAUAUUUCAUUAAAUACCGUAAGUGCCUUGGAGGAAGAAUUGCAAGGUCUUCGUACGAAUGGGAAAGGUACAAAAUACUACCGGGAGCAAGCAAAUGCUAUUAAAGAAAGCUAUUCCGAAGCUAUUAAAAUGUUAGAAGAGAAACUUAUGCAGGCUAAAGACAAUUUUAUAAAACAUCAAACGCUUUAUCAAACGAGUAGAGAAAGAGUCGAAGGUUUAACCAAGGAAAAGGACGAACUGUUGGAAAAGUAUAAUAAUCUACAAACAGAAUAUCAAGAGAAAGAUAGGAAUAAUCAAAUAACGAUAGAGACGCUAAAACGAGAGUUAGCGUAUGCCAAAACAGAAUCUAACAAGAUAGCCCAAACUAAAUUAGAACUGGAAAAGAAAUUGAAUGAAGUCAAGAGAUAUGCUGAAAAUAUAGUAGAGAAAGAUAAAGAAACAAAGAAUAAAAUGGCAGAAGCCAUUGAGCUAAUAGAAUCAGCAGUUAGGGAGAAAGAUUUGGUACUUCAUCGCGAAGCUCUUGUUUCGGAAGAAAAAUCGAGACUGGAACAUAGACUGGCAAUAAUAGCAAAUGAAUACGAUGCAAAAAUACAGGAAUUAAAUAAAAAGACUCAAGAUGAAAUUGAAUUACGCACAAAAACUUAUUUAACUGAGAUUAAAGAAAUUAAAGCAGAAUUAAAAGAAAAAAUUGCAUUGCUAGAAAAAACUCAAAAAGAACUUAAAUUCACUGAAGAAGAACUGUGUAAGAUACGUAGGGAUUCGAAUGAAAAGCUAUUAGAUUAUGAGCAAAAAGCAAAGCGCUUGGAAUUCCAAUUGCAGGUGUACAAUGAGACAAUGGCCAAGAAUACGUAUGAUAUUGAAAUUAAGCAGUUAAAAGACAAAAUUGCUGCUCUUGAGAAUAAUCUGAUCAGUUCGAAUGAUAAAUUACAGAAGUUAGAAUGGCACCAAUCUACUAACGUGGAAGAUCAAAUGAAGAAGACCGAUCGUGAUAACAAAGACAUAUUGAGACAAUACUCGGAUCUAGAAAUCCAAUUAUCUAAAACAUUAGGCGAUAAAGAGAAUCUUAUUUUACAAUUAAAUACUCUAAAACAUGAUUUUGAUCAUGAGAUACGGAAAAGAGAUAAUGAAAGACAUUCUUUUGAAAAUAAAAUUCAUGAAUUAGAAGUUAAUCUUCACAAAACAAAUUGUGUAAAAGAAAACAAAUUAAGAGAUAAUCUUAAUGAUGAAGUGAAUUCUUAUCUGCACGACAUAAAAAAUAAACGGUCAUUAGAUAUAACAGUACAAAAUAAAUGUCAUUGUUGUCAAGCAGUAUUAUCAGAUCAUGUGAAUAAAUUGCAAGAAAAGUUCGACAGGAAAACAAAGGAGUUGGUCCAUCAUGUUCAAGUUCAUCAGAAAUUGAGUAAAAAAUGGAGAGACGAAGCUAAAUCGUUAACAGUGAAAUUUCAAGGAAAAGCCAAAGAACUGCGAGGUAAAAUAAGUGCAUUGCAAAAAGAAAAUAAUGAAUUGAGCGCAGAAUUGUUAACUUGCAAACAACAAUUGGCCCAGCACACAUUGCAAGAUAUACAGAGGUAUAUUAUUAGUAAGUUACAAUACGAGUGGAUUAUUAAAUAACAAUAAAUAUUUGUUUUUUAGAUUCAAUGCAACAAACGAAAUUAGAUGACAAUAUCGUUUUUCAUUUAGGACAAUUUUACAGUCAAAACUUGAUUUUAUUAAUACUAUGAGAGCAUAUCAAUUUAUUCACAUUAAAAAAUCAUUUUACAUUACACGUAUAUUUUGUUUAUUGAUUAAAAUAUUGCCUAUUUUUUGAACA